AUGAAUUGGGAACACUUUGAGGUGGCCUUUUUAGAUAAGUAUUAUCCAAAAAGUGCCAGAAGACAAAAGGAGUUGGAGUUUGUGCACCUACAACAAAGAGACAUGUCUGUUGCAGAGUAUGUUGCUAAGUUUGAAGAAUUGGCCAGAUUUUCUCCACAUGCUCAAUAUGUACCCACAAAAGAAUGGAAGUUAAACCAAUUUGAAUGGGGAUUGAGGCCUAAAAUCAGAGGGAACAUAGGCCAUAUGGAGCUUACUAACUAUUGUACUCUUAUACACAAGAGCUACAUCGUUGAAGACAAUUUAAAGAAGGUGCAAGAGGAGAGGCAUGCUAAGUGGCAACAAAAGAAAGAAUUUGGAAAAUUUGGUCAGCAAUUGAAGGUAAAGACUCCCCAAGGGAAGGGAAAACAAGUAUAG